GUAACUUUUAAUUCGCCGCGUUGGUAUCAGAUUCUUAUACCUGGUUGCUACGUCACGCUGAUGGUAUUCGAUGGUACGCAAAGAGUACCAAUACAGUUAAUCCACGGUACCAUGGUGAUUUUGUGGCAUUAUAUUAAAAAAAUAGUGUCAGCUUACGAGGAGUGAUAUUUUCGUGUCUGGGUCGUACCUCUAUUUAAUUUUUUGACUUUAUUUAACUAUUAUACCCCGGUUGGUUUUUAUGGUGUGACAAGUGUUUUGUUUAUCAAUAUUUUGGCGUGUAUUUUUGUAAUCCUAGAUGGAUAACCGUUAACGACGUGUUCGGCGAACCCACUCGUUCGUCAUGGUGCGUAGCAGAACGCCCUCGCAGGGAGGAGGUUCUCAAGGGUUUGAGAUGGAGAGAAAAUAUUCUGUACCUUCUAAUCCCGAUAUGAGACCUUUUUCUGGAAACGCCUCCGAGGACUUACAUGCUUGGUCGAUUUAUAGGCAAAAUUUGAACUCCGACUUUACGGACAGCGCCUUGGGAUCUACAGACAAAAGUCCACUGCCUUAUGGUAACUUUCAACUUAGAGAUACCACCGUUCAGUCCAUCUUAUCACACCCACGAUAUGGGCCAAAGUCUACCUUAGGCUCCAACAUGUAUACUUACCUUAAAUUUGGACUACCUAGGGUUUUUCCUCCUAACCAUGAGUCCAACCGAUCAGGAAGGGAAACCCCACAACAUUUUAUAAGGAACGCCUCUACUAGACCAAAAACGAGUAGGUCCCAAAAAAUGAGUAGCAGAGGACCCAGAGAAGGCUCGUCGGGGUACGACAGUAGUGACAACGAAACCGCAAAUCAAUACAAGCAAAACAGGAAAUACAGAUCGGAUCCCGACUUCCGGAUGCAGCCGACACACCCUUCAUACCAUUACGGCGGGGAACCAACAUCGCCUCUUCCGCUUGCUGCCUUACAACAAGGAGGCAUCAGACCUUCCCCAAACCAACAACCUUGGAAUAGACACAAGAGCGUUAGUGAAGCAAAUCUGCUCGCGAUGGAAUAUAAUAGACCUUAUCAUCCUUCUUCUCCGCAACACCACAUAAGAGAUCCUCGCAGAGCCAGUGUUGCAGACUUUGGAGGACAUAUGGCUCACCACGACACUGUUGAUCACAGUGUUAUCAGCCAUUUAUCCAAACCAAUUUCCAAAGCUGAAAGCCAGUUCUCGAUCCCCGCUUCUAGAAAAGGCCCAUCAGUGAUAAGAUCCGAUUAUACUGGACCAGACGAAGAAACAAAUCCCGGUUUUCUUUACCCACAUUUGCUGGUCAACCACGCGAGUCUCUGGCCAAGUUCGAACGGCUCGUGUUUCUCUCCUAAAACCCACCUUAUCUUAAGUGAUGCUUCAUUCGAAGCUAGAGGAGGUGACUUAUUUGCCAUAAUGGCAACUUAUGAGCCUGAGGGAACUGCCAUUUUGGAUCUAAUUGCCGGUCAAAGAAGUCCUGUACAAGGAGAGGUUUUCUUAAACGGACAGAGAGUUAGAUCUGAAAUGCUUAGAAAUAGAGUGGCAUACGCACAGAAUGAUCCGAACUUAUGCAUGGAUAUGACUGCAGUACAAAUAAUGAGGUUUCACUAUGACCUCAAAAAACCUACAGAAAAAUUAGGAUACUUAAAAAUUGACUCCACGGAUAGGAUAAAUCUUCUUAUAGAGGAGCUAGGUUUAGAACAAGUAAGGAAUACAAAAGUUUCAAAUAUGACGACAUCUGAGAGAAGAAGAUUGAAUGUCGCCUGUCAUUUACUUCAAGAUACGGAUAUUGUCGUACUGGACCAACCCACAAGAGGAAUGGAUAUUUUUGAUACAUUUUUCUUAGUAGAGUAUCUCCGUCAAUGGGCCAACGGAGGCGCUGGAGGAAGUUCCUUAGGCAGAAUAGUAAUCCUAACGCUGCAUCCGCCAACCUACGAAAUUUUUAUGAUGUUAUCUAGAAUUUUACUGGUUUCGGCUGGACGAGUAAUGUUUAGUGGGAGAAGGAGAGACAUGUUGCCAUAUUUCGCUUUAGUCGACUACCCUUGCCCAAAUUUUAAGAAUCCUUCUGAUUACUAUCUGGACCUAGUUACUUUGGAUGACCUCUCGGCAGAAGCAAUGCUCGAGUCUUCGCAACGUAUAGAGCAAUUGGGUGAAAUUUUUAGACAAAAGCAACCUCCGCUUAGUGAUCCUGGGCCUCCUUCAGCACUUCCCAUGGCAGUAAAGAGGUCAAAUUUUGUUGUUCAGGCUUUCGUGCUGUUCACAAAGGCCAUGGUUUAUACUCAACCAAGCACCUUCAUUAAAUGGUUAACUCUAGUGAUGAUGUCUGCCUCACUAUCUCUAAUACUGGGAGCCAUAUUUUGGGAUAUACCCAAUACAGACCCUCAACUGGCUCUCAAUGAUCGUUUGGGUUACCAUUAUGCUGUUAUGUGUCUUGUACCCUGGCCGUUGAUUUUAUAUAUGACUUUAAAUGAGAUAAAUCAGAAUAGAAUGAAUGUUGAACGAGAUAUAGCUGAUGGACUAUAUGGUAGACUUAUUUAUGUUUUUACAAAGACUGUUAUUAACUUAUUUCCUUCUUUAUUUAUAUGGCUCAUUUAUGUUAUACCGAGCUACUCGAUGAGUGGUCUCUACAUGCAAAGUCUGAAUAACUACGAUGGAUUUUAUAUUUAUAUUGGAUUAAUGCUUUUAUACUUGAGCACUCUUCAGUCUAUCCAAAUAGCGCUAAUCUACCUUUUACCAUACUCUAAUGCAGCCUCAAUGUUUGCGUGUCUUAUAUCUAGCGUAUUUUUCUUAGUUGGAGGUUACAUACUACAUUUAAGGGAUAUGCCAUCCUAUAUAAGCUGGUUAAGAUAUCUUAGUCCAACCUCUUGGGUGUUACCACUCGUGAUAAAUAGAGAGCUUAGCCCAGAAGCAAUAGAGAGCAGUUCUGUGGUACCACUAUGCCGCAAUAAACAGGUGCAACACCAAGACAUAAUUGUGCAGCUGCCCUGCCCGCCUCCCAAUGGUACUCAAGUUUUAUUUAACUACGGGUAUUUAUCUUCACAGCACCUUACAUAUGACUAUGGUAAUGCUCCACUCGCUAUGGUAGUGUUUUAUCUGGUUUUCUUCGUAUUGGCUUGCGUAGGAUUUAUGUGCAAUUGUGGUAGAAAUAGAAAACAAAAAAGUAGUAAUAGUAACAAGCCAUAGUUAUUUAUUUUAAUAAUUUGAAAUAGUAGCAGCUCAUUCAGUGUAGUGUUUAAAGAAACCAGAUAAAAUGGCCGGGAAACUUGAAUUUACUGAAUUAUUUAGUAAAAGAUGUAAUGUACAAAGAUAAAAGAACAGAUGGAAAUAUCAAAGAUAUUUUUGUAAUAGGGAUGUUUUUAUACUCUUUUAGAUCUAAUGCUAUAGAUUUUUUACAAUUGAUAUUAAAUUAUUUUAACAAUAAAGACAUUUUUUAUAGUUA